AUGUAUGGGAGCGGAACGAUCCCGGAACUCAUUGCUGGAGUCGGGUCGGCGAGGGCUCGCUGGAAAAUUGAAUUUCAAUGUCACAACAGUGCAGAUGUAAAAAUGAUCGGAGGUUUGAGGAAGAUCGUUUGUUGGUGCGCGCGCCGCGGAGUGAGAGGGGUGAGGGGCGAGGGUUGUGCGCGCGCCGCGGGGUGGCGGCGGCGGCGGCGGCAGUGUCCCGGGCCGAACGCGCGCCGCGCACGUGCCUGCUCGUCCCUUGAACUCGCGCGUGAUCGUGUUGUGCCGCAGUGCUUUAUGUGGAAUACGAAAAGCGCGCGAGGCGUGCCGCCCGCGCAACUCCGCAAAUGA